AUGCUUGAUCAGGUACAAGCUCUUCAAUGGAUCAACUCUGAGAUUUCAAACUUUGGCGGUGAUCCAAGACGUAUCACGUUAUGCGGCCAGGGAUACGGUGGAUGUGCAGUUUCUGCUCAUACACUGAGUCCACUAAGUCAGAAUCUUUUCCAACAAGCCAUCAUUCAAAGUGGACCUCUGCUAAGCUGUUAUUCUCCCACUCUAUCCUAUCCAGCGACUCAGGACACUCAGGGCACUACCUAUACUUCUACUUCUUCUUCUACCGUAACCACGCCUGCCGCACCACAAUACGACACAGGGAUGUCAUAUGUGCCAUGGCAAAAUACAACAUCAACUCCCAGCUCCUAUACCGCCUAUCCUACCCUACUACCACAAACUCAGACGGAACCUCCUGCGCAAGGAUAUACUGGCUAUCCUCCAGAGACUACUCCUACCCCGAGUUAUGGCGGUGGUGGACCUACCUAUGCCACAGGAGAUGGCGCAUACCCAGCAGACUCAGGCUAUAGCUCCUCUCCCUCGAAUAUUGCCUACGAUGACGUUAGCCCAAGUCAGCAGCUUGCCCAGGAGCUUUGCAACAUCACCGCAGAACAAUGGCGCACCGGACAGUUGGGUGAUUUGAGCAACUGCCUGCACAAUUACACCGUGGAUGUGUUUAUAAAGACUGAAGGGGCUAAAAAAGCAACCUGGAUGAUUGUACGAGAUGACACAUUCUUGCCCGAUACUCUACAGAAUCUAGCCGUACGUCGUCCACCUAUUCCCAUCAUUAUUGGUACAGUGGAAGACGAAGACGCGGAUUACGCUUUCAAGCUGGUAGCCGAUGGAAAGUAUAACGAAAAUGAAGGACAGUUAUACAACACUUGGUUGAUGGACUUCGCCAAGAAAAACAAAUUGAAUGAUUCUACAGUUGCACAGAUUUCUGACAUAAUCACACAAAGCUACAACAUAACAACGGGGGACCAACACUAUGAUGUUAGCGGAACCAUCUCUCAAUAUGGUGGUGUCAUCGGCGAUGCCAAUCAAGAGGGUCCAUCUCAAGGGACCUCUGGUCACGCAAAUGAGGGUGCCAUGUAUGAUCCAUACACUACCACACCUGGCUAUUACUAUACUAUGCCUACGGGUUCUGUAGAUCAACAGGCCAUAUAUGGGUACUCGCCUACAGCUCCAAGUUACAGUAACCAGGGCGCUUAUGGCUCGCCAACCCCGGCAGCGGGUUAUGGUAACCAACAAGGCGGCUACGAUUCCCAAAACAGUGGAUAUCAAAGUGAAGGUGAAACUCCUAGUCAAACAACCAUCAGCUACAGUGGUCCGAAUGCUGGCUACGGUGGCGGAUACGGCUACACCACAUCUAGUUAUGGCUACGGUGGUCCCAGUGGUGGCCAGUACCCAACUCAAAGUGGAGGUUACUCACCGCAAGGUCCUGGAGCGCAGAACAGCGGUUACAUGCCGCAGAGAACUCCAGGAUAUGAUGCGCAAAACAGCGGCUACUCCAGUCAAAGUUCUGGAUACAGUAACCAGAACUACGGUUACGGUAACCAGCAAGGCGGCUACAAUCAAGGCAGCAGCGGUUAUGGGCCAUCUAGCCAAUAUCAACCACAGUAUGAACAGAAUACUGGCUAUGGAUCAGGAGGCGUGCCGAUCUCCACAGCGACAAAUCAAUCAUUUGUUCCAUUGAAGAUCAUAAUCAAGCUUCAAGCCGAUUCUGGCAUCGUUUCACAAACGGCUUCCGAUAUUGACUGCUUUAUGCAAAAUGGCAACCAGGACGUGAGAGUGUAUCAAUUCACGCACGUCACUGAUCUUGGAAGACAAAAUGUCCCUAAUCUUGGAACUUGGAAACCUGUUUACAAAGGCCAGGACAUGAUUUUCCUAUUUAUGAGUGAAACCAUUUGGGUGCCUGGCUCUCCAACAUCAAAUGAUGUGCGUAUGGCGGACCAAAUGGGAGAACGUUGGACACAGUUUGCAAAAGAAGGACAAGUGUCUGGUUGGCAGCCAUCCAAUCCACAAGUCUACAAUUAUUGCUCACUCAACUAUCAACCCACCAUUCAAACAGGAUAUGCAGAAGACGCUCGUACCAUUUUCAACAGCCAAGUUUAUCCUAUUGUGCAUGAGGCUCAAGGUACAACACCCCUUUACGAUCAGUCAAAAGUGCGACAGCCACUUUCUACUGGCGCCAUUGGCGUCGUCCCGAAUCCCAUGUCCGUAAACUAUACUUCGAAUGGGCCGAACUCGAACGUACUUCACAUCUCAUUCAGACUCAAUAACGUCCCCGGAACUUUCAUUUUUUCAAAUAAAUGAAUCUUUUUCUGUUUUGAAUGUAUACGCCUAUGUUUAUCUGUUUUAAAGUGCCAUAAGAAAUCUAUGCUUACGAUUGUACAAAAG